AUGUUGAGACCAGUUAAGAAGCAAGCCUUGAGAAAUGAGCAAGCAGAUGAGGCAACUUACUUGGCACACCUGGCAGCACAGAGAAAUGCUAGUGCCUUCUUUGAGAAGUACGACAGAAGUGAGCUUCAGGAAUUACUGACUACUUCAUUCUGCAGCUGGUUGGCAUCCAAAGAUGACAUGCGUCACCCAUUAGAACUUCCCAGUGGACUUCUAAGUCAGAUGAAAAGCGUCAAUACUUCAAUAGCUAUUGUACUUAUGCCAGUGGAACCAGGCUUAGAUCUGGACUGUCGGGAAAUUCAUCAAAUGAUCAGAGAGUUGGCCGUAGGCAUUUAUUGUUUGAACCAAAUCCCUUCUAUCAGUUUAGAUGCCAAUUAUGAUCAGAGUACUUCUUGUUCACUCCCUCCAGCGUAUUUCGAUACAAGAAUAGGACAAAUGUUAAUUGCUGUUGACUACAUGUUGAAAGCCCUGUGGCAUGGGGUAUACAUGCCCAAGGAAAAAAGGGUAAGGUUCUCUGAACUCUGGCGCUCUAGCAUGGAUAUUGAUCAAGACGGUGUUCCCCAAACAUUAAAAAGGCCUGCUGUAGAGUUCUGUCAAGCUGGUCUAAUAGACAUUACAAAAGAGCCUGAGUUUGAAGGAAUCUAUGAUGAAAAUAUGAAUGAAGAUCCAACUUACAAUCCUAACAGCACCGAAGAAAAAACUUUCUUUAUGCAGUUUGUGGACCAUAUAAUACUUAAGCUGACGUUUGCCGCUACAAAGAUUCAACAGUAUGAAGAUGUCUUCUUGUUCGAUGCAGCAUACAACCUCUCCAGUGCAAUUAGAAUGACUGAGGAUCAUCUUGAUGCUUUCUCAUACCAGAGACUACAGCAGAGGCUCACCCUUCAGCUCAAACUUCUGAAAAAGCAUCUAGAAAAGAAAGAAGACAUUCAAAAGAACAUAGCAUACAUGAAGCUAAUAACCUUUCUCAUCCCGUUUAUCAUUAAUUUAAAGAGAAAAAACAAAGUCCCAAAUUUAAGCCGGCUUCUUCAGCCGUAUUCAGAUGACAAAGUUAAAACUGAACGUGAAUUGCCCCCAUUUUUGCUUGGAACAGAUUUCAAAUGCCAACAUUUUUUGUAUGCCCAGGAUCAGUAUUUCCAUCUCCAUGGUGGCAUUGAAUUUGAUAUUGGGACACCUUCAGUUGAAGAAGUUUCCAAAGAGGUUAAGGCUGCCUAUGAUGAAAUGCACACAUGUGCAAUAAAUCAUCUUACUCAUCUGCUGGACACAGAUGCACCCUACAGAGAACACUAUCCUAUACCAGUAAUGGAUUUUGAUGGCAAAAGAUACUACGUAAUUGGCAUUGAGCUUGAAGCUUUUUAUAUGCUUUUUAAAAGUCAGUGGUGGGGAGCUAUCAAUGAAGUAAUAAGCACCCUUAAACCAAAAAGGCUUCCAUUAACUGAUACACAAGCAAUGGAACAAUUCAAGAAAAGAUUUGGCUAUAGGAAAGCUAUUAAAUGUAAGAGCCUGUCUUUUGGCAUGAAAUCUGCAGCUGAUAGAGGACUGGCUGCCAUCUUCCUUACCUUCUGCCGUAGGACCUCCAUCAACAGUCUUGCUAUUACAGAUGAUUGUGGUUAUGCAUACAUUCAUCAUGCUGCUAUUUACAACCGUGUGGCAAUUAUAGCUCAGGUGGUUAAACUACAUCUAACGAUUAAUCAAAAGCGUUCUAUUCCAGCGAGCCAAGGAAAACGUUUCCAAAAACCAGAAACAAAAAGUGGAACACCUGCCUUCAUAGAAAAGGAUGUCAUGAUUGGAGAAAGAAGUUGUGAGUUGUAAAUAAAUGCAGGAUUAACAUUGUACCUAUUAAGGAUAUUUGCAGACACAUUUUUUUGUGUACAAUUGCCUUAUUUCAAACACUGAC